GAUUGUAGAUACAUAAAAAAAUUGACAAUUCGCUUUACCCGCCGGGUUUUAGAUUAUAAUAAAUUUAAUUUUAAAAUAUGUAAUAUGUUACUUAAACCUGUCUAGAUUACUUUAAAAAUAAUGGCCUCGUUAUAUGAUGAUACGGUUUUGAACUUUGAUCUUGACUAUUUACAUAUAACAGCGAAUAACACGUUACAGGUUCCCAGUAAGUUUGACAAACAGCGAAAAGCUCUUGCAAUAGCCAAGAAGAAAACAGUUGCAACAAAUUCACUUAUUAAAAAAUAUUAUAACAAGAAAGAACUUUUAGAUACCACAGAGAAAGCUCUUUUUGAAUCCAAAGAAGAGUGCAAACGGAUAUGCAUAGAUUAUAAAAGUACAUUAGAAAAGUGUACUAAAUUGGAAAGUGAUAUCCAGAUUUUAGAAGGCAGAAAUAAUGAACUUCAAAUUAAGUUACGAGAUUCAGAAGAUCAUUUUAAUGCUACAAAAUCACAUGCAAAUCAGCUUCAGGUACUUGUCAAAGAAAAGGAAACAGAAGUUGAAGCAUUAAAGAUUGAAAAUCAGUUGGAUAAAUCUAAUGUCAAAACUUGUGAAAAGAGAGUAACAUCAUUGGAAAGGGAAAAUAAUCGUCUUCAUGAUUUGUUUCGUAUUUCUAAAGAAGUAUUAUUGGGUAAAAAAAAACUUAACAAGAAACGAAAGGACUUGGUGCAAAAUUAUGAAAAAUACUGCAAGGGAGAUAACAAUUUCCCUGACAAUUUAUUUGAAGAGGAAAUUAGUGAUAAUGAAACCUACGCAUCAUAUGAUAAUUUAAUGUCACCAUAUACAACAGAAGAUUUGAUAAAUCCUGAAGAGUUGCAGGUUGCGUCGUCAUCCACAAUGAUUCCAAUUGAACAUGAGUUAAGCAUUAGGAAGAAUGGUAAAUCAAUUUAUGGUAAAAAUGAUGAUACUGAUAGAUGUUCAGAUUAUAGCAAUGAAGUAGCCAGUGCUGAUACUGGCCGUGGUUCAUCUCUAGCAUAUUCUGAUAGCGAAAAAUGUUUUAACAGUCCAGAAUAUUGUUUGAAUGACAAUAUACCUAUAAAAUGCAUUAUCGACAAACCAGCACGAACAGUAGUAGAUAUAGGUACAAGCCCUAUACCUUUUCAUGAACUUGGUUAUACGAUAACAAAUGCGGUUGAAUCGUCGAAUAAUUAUUCUAAAAUUCCUGAAAAAAGAGUUGAUCGUGGCGUAAGUCCAAUUAAAAUUUCUAAAAAAGGUAACAAGGAUUUAGUUAGUUCGAUACGCCUUGAAUAUAAUGCAGUGAAUAGCUGUGUAAACGAUAAAGACCUUAUAAUUCAAAAGCAACAAUGCCUGGAGAUUAAUAACAGCAUUAAUUACAAUGAUGAUAAUACAAGAGAUUCUGAAAUAGAGUCAAUUUUGAAUGAGAUGCGAUUUCCUCAUAAACUAAUAACUCCAAUCCCAAGAACACCGGCAAAAAGCCAUAACGCAGAGACGCAGCAAGUUGCUAGUCAAACUGAUCACAGUAAAGGAUAUGUAUGUCACGAAGCUGAAAAAGUUAGAGAGGAGAAUAAGGUUUUGUAUUCUAAUAUUAAGGAUCUUGCUAAAGAAAUUAUGAACAUAAAAAGUAUACUUAAAGUUGGUCAUCAAAUUUCGCCAGUGACUGCAGAUCGUGUGGAACACGAAUCUUUAAAAGUAAAUCAAGAUAAUAGUAAUAUUUGUGAAGAACUGGUGAUAGUUAUAGAAAGUGAAAACUCUUGUUCAAAUAUAUCUAGACCUGCGGAAGAUAACAAAGAUUCUUUAAUUAAUAUACAACAAAAUCAUACAGAUGAGAUUGAAAAUGGCAAAAAAUCCUAUGUAGCACAUCAUGAACACAUAGAUGACAUAUCUGAUAUGGAACUAAAUGACAUACGCAAGACUGGACAAACUAAAGACGCCUGUAUAGAAAUGAAUGAAUCCGUGAAGGAAUCACGUAACAUAGUUCAUAUGCAAAAUGGUGUAGCUCAGAUUGACCAAAAUGUAGAAACUGAUGAGCCUUGCAUGGAAUCUUAUAACACCACUUUAUCCAGAUUAGAAUUUGAAGAUCCUGUAGCUACAUUUAAUGAAGAUACAAGAGAUACAAACAUAGAUGAAAGGGCUGGAGAUAAUUUUGAAAAAACAUUUGAUGCCGUAACAAGCGAUAAUGACAAUUCCUUAGCAUCACAAUCCGAGUCUAAUGGAAGGCAUAAAAAUGCGACCAGAGUACUCAAAUUAACUAAAUUAGAUAGAUUUAGGCGGAAGAUGUUGCCCAAAAGUAAGAUUAGAAAGGAAUUACUUCAACCUAGAAAUCCUCGUUCAAGAUCAAAACGUUUAAUUCAUUAUAAAAAUAUUGUUAAAAGUAAUUCUACAAUAUUGAAUAAAAGUAAAAGUAAUGCUAAUGAUUCUUCUUUAACAUUAAAUGAUAAGACUAUAUAUGAGAAUGCUGUUAAGGUUAUGUCUGAAUUAAAGUCUAAACGGCCUGAUAAAUUUAAAUGUAAUAGAAAACUGGAAGUUAUUCAUAAUGAGAAAAAUAAAAGUGAUGUUAAAAAAACAAUUAAAAGUAAAAAACAGAAAAGUAAGGAAGUGGAUACUUUGCAAUCUGUAAAUAUCGCAGCAGAUACUCCGGUUAUAACUCGAAGUCGUAGUAAAUGUGUACAACAAUCCCAAAUUGUAGAUACAAACCUUGAUAGUAUAAGUGACAAUGAAACAUUGGAAAAUUAUAGAAUACAAGAAAGACGAAAACGGUUAAAACGUUCGUCAAUUGAUAAGCCUGACGUCGAAUGUAAAAGAAUGUUACGUAGUAGCACUCGUCAACUCAGUAUUGAUAAUAAUACAUCCCCGCAAAAUGAAUCACGAAUAGAGAACAAUACAGAAUUAUCGGGUAGGACCAGAGAUAGCAGAAAGAGAGGAAAUUUAGAUAUUACAAAAGUUACGAAAUCUAAUAAAGGUGUUAUUAGUUAUGAAGAUUUGGAAAUGUUUUCUGAAGUGUCAAAUGUUAAAGUAAAAACAUAUCAAACUAAAUCAGCGCCAUUACCAGAUAUUACUAGUCAUCCUAAGGAAAGCAUUUUAUGUCUCAUGAUUAAUAAAUAUAGUACUUCAGUAGUUAAACAUCAAACUACAAAAAUAUCAGAUUCUGUAACAAAUUUAAUAUGUGAAAUGAUUGAGACUAGUGUCGCAGAAAUUAUAAAUUUACCACCUAACGAAACGAAAAAUGCUAUGAAUAAACUUGUGGAUGAAUUACAAAAUUUCAAUUAUAAAGAAUUUUUAACUGGCUUCAUAAAAUACCUACAGAAUCCACAGCGAAAAAUAGAGUUGUUUUUAAAAGUGAAUACACCACCGGCCCCACCCAUGACAAAACAGGAACAAGUUCUUCUUUACAUAAUAUCACAAUUGGCUAGUUCAUGGCCAUCUGUCGAUAUUGUUAAUUCUGUUCUAAAUAAUGUGGAAUAUCUGCUGUUUAAACUAAAUCGUACACCAGAUUUUGAUGUAAUUGAAAGUACAUCUCAUUUUUAUGCUAUACUAUGUAGAUACUUUCAACUAAAAACUCGAUUACGAGUCUUCAUUUUAGAUGCUCUAUAUUGUAUGCAGUACAAAGCAAUCGCAGUAAUCAAGCAAUGUUUGGAUGUUUGGAUGCACAUUUUGCCAUUAGCUCAUAUGGGAAUUGCCAAAAACCCUUUGGUAACUUGUCUAGUCUAUGUAAUGCAUUUCUACAAAUGUGAGGACACUUACAACCGAGUAAGGGAUAUUAGGUCUAUUUUAAAUCGAAAAUACUCAUACCAAAUGGCUGAAUGGAAUGAUAUCAAAAUGUUGGAAAUGUUUAAAAAUGCAAUUAAAGACUUAAAAGAUAACUCCGUAGAAAAGAAAAUUCUUAGGAUAUCUUUAAUAAUUAUAGCAAAACGUCAAGGUCCUCGAUGGUGUCAGAAACAUAUAAUUACAAAUACAUUACAACCAAUUAUUGAGGCGGAUGUACCGGAGAAAAUCAAAUCAUUCUGUGUGUCAAUGUUAGGACCGUUGAUGAAACCAUAUCCUCAAGACAUGAAAGUACAUUGUGAAAUUGUCAUGAAUCAACUUUUAGAUAUGCUUAAUCAAAGCCCUUCAUCACAAAUGGAAGAAGCAAUUUUUACGAGUUUAAUGUACAUGAAUAAACACAAUCAAAAUCGUGUUAUACAAGCUUUGUUGAAUUGGUUUCCUACAUAUGUGUCGCCGGAGUGUGAGGAAGUAUUGCGAGAUUUUGUAAGAGAUAAACCACCGAAAAUAUGGAAGACCAUUUUAUCAAAAAUAUCUUUAAUCAAAGAAAAUUAGUAUAACACCCCAG